CUAAUAAUUCGUCUUUUUCACAGUUUGUACUUCGUGUCACUGUAGCUAUACGCGAAUAAAAUAUUCGCUUCUAUCACACAUUAUCACAGACAGGUUCUGUUAAUGGCUACCGUAGAUAGUCUGUCAUGCACCGUGUCUUGCUAGGUGUUUCAAGAUGCGUGUAUUGCUGCUUAAAGAACCAAAAAAUGGAGAGUCUGGACCUGAUCCCUAUAUUAAGGAGCUGGAAUCACGAGGACAUAAAGGAACCCUACUUCCGGUGCUGUCUUUUAAGUUUGUGUCAUUAAACACUUUGACAGAUAAGCUUUUCCAACCAGAGAAAUACGGUGGGCUCAUAUUUACCAGUCCAAGAGCAGUGGAGGCUGUAAGGAUGUGUUUGGAAGCGGAUGAAAGAAGGGAAGAAUGGGACAAAGCACUGAAAAACAAAUGGAACACCAAGUCCAUCUAUGUGGUUGGGAAGGCCACCGCUUCAUUAGUACAGAAUCUAGGUCUGAACCCUUUGGGAGAGGACACAGGGACAGCAGAGGUGCUAUCACGACUUAUUAUUGAACGAGAGGCCACCAAUAUCCCACCGCUUUUUUUCCCCUGUGGCUCAAUCAAAAGGGAAGUCUUGCCCACGGCUUUAAGGGAAAAUGGAGUGCCCCUGGAGACAUUAACUGUCUAUCAAACAGCAGAGCAUCCCAAUCUGGAGAAAAAUCUAAAGAACUAUUUCACAGAGCAGGGCAUUCCAGCAAGCAUAGCUUUCUUCAGUCCAUCAGGAGUGAAGUUUUGCCUUGAAGUGGUGCGGAGGCUCUCGGCUGAACAGCUGACUCAAAUAAAGUUUGCAGCCAUAGGGCCUACUACACAAGAUGCAAUAGCAGCAGAAGGCCUUUGUGUCAGCUGCACUGCAGAAAAGCCAACAGCUGAACACCUGGCGAUAGCGAUAGCUAAAACUCUGCAGUGACCAGCUUUUAAAAUCCACCUGCCUCAUCUUUGGUGUUUGUUGUUAUUAUAUAUGUAAAUAUGUACCGUUAUUUGUGUGUUUUACUGCUUUACUGCUCAUCAUUAUUGUUGUUGGACAAAUGAUUCUGCUAUUUUUGCACUGAAAGAAGUUAUUUUUUGCAGCACCAGAGCCAGGAAAGUCUAAGAUAAAAUUAUAAUUUGCUUUAUAUGAUGUAAGAAAAUGACUGAGAAAAUAAAAGCCAAUCAUUGUGAUGAUA